UAAGAUGCGGCGACGCACGAUGCCGAGCGGUGGAUGACAUGAUGCGCAAUGGCCGAACGAGUGGGGGGAGAGACCGAAAUUGGAUUCACUAACUGUGGUGUGCGGAUCAAAUUUAGACAAUAGGGCAGAAGCGAAUGCAUGUUUGACACAUUUGUAGUGCUGUAGCUCCAGUGGUGCAGGCCGACUGGAAGGAUGUGGUGGCGCUGAUCCCACUGAAGGAUGCUCCACAGCCCGAGGAGGGUUGAAUAGGCUUCGUCUGUAAACAACGAGGAAGCAGAGAGACAUUAAGUAAAGGACACAUAAUUCGGAAACACUGAGGCAUCGAAUGAGGUUGUUUUAUGACAGCUGAGUCAGCCCUCAGUGAUGAGAGAGUGGCCGACAGGGAGGGCGGUGAAGCUCUGAAGACGCCGUCACUGAGCGUCAGUCUGGAAGAAAACAAACCUCUCAUUAUCCUCUCUAUCAUCGGCGCUGACAGAUGGAUGUCUGACCUGGAUGUUUCUUUUCUUCACCUGGAGACUCUCAAAGUUAAGGAGCGAUAAAGGGAAACAUCACAUCUCCAGCUCGCUGUCAGGAAAACAACAUUCUAUGUUUAGUUUUGUUUGUCGGAAUGAACUCUUAAGAGAUUAGCAAAAGAGUCACCUCUCUCUUUGAGUGUCAAGUAAAUAUUUCGCCUUUAUCAGAAUGAAUCGGUGAGACAAGAGUAUUUCAGCUUUUUCAUACUGCUUAGUGUAUUUUUUCAAAACUAUGAUAUUUUUACCUUUUCAGCUGUCCCGCUCUGAAUCAAGAAUAGACUCUUGAUAGUGUCAGCGUUCUUUUUCACAAAUAGGAUUUCAACUUGACCUGACAGGCUGUAUUUUAAUAAAGCAUAAGCAAGGACAAACCAAUAAAACAUAGAUGAGGCCGACAACAAGCACCAUGCUCCAGCAGAAUAACAAUAACAACUACCCCUGCCUGAAUGUGUCAGGCUCCACCAGAGAGAUGCUCCAGAAGUGCUCCAGAGCCUCUCUGCCCUUCCCCAGCCGACUGGAGCUGGGCCUGGGAGACCUGCCACUGAUCCGGGGCCUCCGAGCCUGGGCCCUGUGCUCCAAGAACCGCCGGAAAGCCAGUGGUCUGCUAGGAGGAGGACAAGCCCCCAUAGCUCCUCCUGUGGGCCGCGGGGGUUCGACUUCCUGCCCCAAACCUGCAGAUGUGUACCUGAGCGGGGAGUGGGGUCGCAUGGGGUACGGGCUUCCCUUGGGGCUGGAUGCCAGGCAAGCUGGAAUCGGCGCUUUGGUAACAGUUGCCACUCUGAAGACUUCAGAGGGCAGCGGUAAGACACAGACUCAAUGCCUGUUCCUCCGGACUGAAAAAGGGAGCUGUUUGUACUCCACAGCUAAGCCCAGUUCUGGUGGGACUACCAGUGCAGCCUCCAGCGUGGUUGGGGGUUGGCUGAGAGGGAAGACAGGAGGAGGAGGAGGAGGCAGAGACAUCCCAGGCGGGAGGAGGGACAAUGGGCCAAAUCCGCCGGCACAUACUGGAGUAAACCGGGUUAGGGUGCGAUCUGGCCGGAGAUGGAGGAAGUCCAGUAAUGCAGCAGCCCGGGAGAAAACAGGCGCGAGCAGAGCGACUCAGCAGAGUAGCAGGGAGGAUCCUGCUGGAGAAAUCACUCUGGAAGAAAGGCAGGAAGAGCAAGACAAAGGAGGCCUGGCCAGUAAACAGUUUUCCAGCCCGCAGCAGGACAGCAAGAGAGCCAAACAGGAGAAAGAGGCAGCAUGCAGAAGUCCUAGAUGCUGCCACAAUGCUUCUCCAAAAACCUGUACUCGGUGUGGAAGGAGAGCACAGCGGAGGGAAAGCCAGAAUGGACACGAGAGAGGCGAAAGUCCAAGAAGAGGCACCUCGAACAGGAUGAACAUUGAGGUGAAAGGAAUGAGGAAGGAGAGGCAAAGGAAUGAGGAGGAGGAGAAGGGAGGCCUCUCCGGGUUAGAGUCAUCUAACUCGGUUUUGGCUGUACCAAACCCGAACCUUGAAUCUAACUACUUUCACCGAGAAUCCAACAGCAGCUGUGAUUUUGAAGAGAUUAGAGAAGCCGAGAGCAACAAGGAGCUGAAGACACAAACCUCUCACAGCAAGGACAACUGUUCAGAGAGAGAGGAGGAUACGAACUCUGACGUUAUGAAAAUACAUACAGAAAACAAUGAUUUAAUUCAUGGUCACUCUGGAACGCUCACUGAUGACGUUACCUCACGACUUAAAAGAGAUUUUGAUUACAGAAAGCCAAGUGAAAACCCCUGUGAAGAAAUAGCAGCUAAUCUGAAUGGAUUUUCUGAUCACGUGGAGGCAGAUCAAGAAUUGGAGAAAGAGAGGGAGAGUGUGGAUGUCGAAGAGGGGGAAGGGAGCAUCAAUCGGACUCCUGCAGAACUCUCGGCCGUAUCCGACUAUUCCACCUGCCCUGCCUCCAUCAGCACUGCAGUCUCCCUUGAGCCGUCCGCUCCUGUAGAGGGCAGCACCUGCAAUGUUGACCAUGAGACUUGUGUUCGAAGAGAGCAAGAGAUCAGCAGAGAAGAUCACCUUGAGAGGUAUCAACAAGGGGGUGUGGACCCAGGAAUCAUGGGUAAAGAAGAACUGGAUGAAAGUAGAUUUGACAAACGAGAACCAAACUGUGCGGUUGAGGAAAUCAACACAAACAGAAAACCAUGGCUUUUCUUUCAAAAGGCAGAAAACGGCAGCAAAAUAGAGGAAAGAGAAGCUUUGUCUUCACCUCCAGGACACGGAGAUCCUUCCAUCUUUGAUACAGACAACUGUAGUACAACUGAGCUUAACGGAGCAGAGCACAGAGAUGAGCUGGCAUGGGGAAAUAUAGAAGAGGAGUCACAGGAAGAGAAUAUAGAGAAGAGAGUAAACCGUGAGGAAGGGGAUGAAGCUGGGGAGAGUUGGAGGAGGGAGAGCAGCUUCAAUGAACUGGACAAUAGGGAGCGUAAAGGUGACAAAGAACUCCAGACUGAGCGUGACACAAAUGGCGAUGCCAUACAAGAGGAUAAUGAUAAAGAAGGAACGAGAAACUGUGCACUAAAAGACAAUCGGAGGCUGGAGGAGUCUGCGGACGCAUGCAGGGCAGGCAAGAAAGAGGUUGGAGACACCUGUGGACUAACAAGCAUCACCCAUGUUGAAGCAACUGGUGAGACCAGCACUAGCAUCACUAAUGUUGCCUGUGCUGAACCUUCCACCUCUCUUGCACUCUCCCUGGCUAAACCUUCCCCCAUUCCCCCCCCCCUAGGAUCCAUGGCAACCGGACUGCCAUGCCUGGAGGCAGAGAGGGAGAAUGAGGAGAAGGAAGGGGUCGGAGUGCCGGCAGGAGACGGAAAAGGAGGCCAGGAAGGGAAGAAAAGGCUCGGGAGACAAUUGGAGGAGAGGGGCUCCACCGUGGCCACUGAGGUGCGGAGGAAAGAGGAGGAGGGGAAGGAGGAAGAUGAGUUUGGAGUAUUCAUGCAUGCGGAGGGAGAGCCGGCUUGGAGCGAGGGAUACACCAUGUCUGCCUCAGUGCCUUGUGGGAGCAGAGAAAGUGUUGCACUUGGAAACAACGCCAUCACUGGGGAGUCGAACCACUGGACACCAGGCUGGACUGACAGCUCGUUCCACCAAUCAGACGACACGUGGACAGCCUUCCCUCAGGAUUCUUCGGAUGAAGGUCGAGACGUGGUGGGAAAGUGGUGGCAGACCAGCGCUGUGGAGAAGAGCAGAGACCUCUCGGCCAAUCAGAAUCUGGCGUCUGUCUUUGCUGAAGCCUUCCCCUCGCUGCCUGCUUCGUCCUCAACUGACCCCCGUGACCUCAACACUGUUCCCACACUGAGCCAACUCCUCAGGGGCAGAGACAGCCAGGACCAGGGGCCGUUGGACAGCUUCCAUGACUUGAACAAAAUGAUUUGCCAGAGAUACAAGAGAGCGAAUGGCGUGUCUCGUGAUCUGCUGCUGAGGACUUUACACCUAGAGCCGCUCCACACUGACAGCAGACCUGCUCCCUGGACAGCCAAUCGCCGUCUCUCACCCGGCCUUCCCUCAGCCAAUCAGAACGCUCAGAACGCUGCCGCUAAGCGACGGCUGUCGUAUGACUACAACAGAAACAUCAUGGAGUAACUGUGCGGGUUCAGCUCUGUUUGUACUGCGAUUCAUCAACUGACAGUUCGGACCGACACCGUGUUUCUCAAGACUGUGGAUUGACAACAUUUUUACUAUCUGUUAGUCAAAUACUGACUCACCUAUUGACUCUUUGCACUCUCUGGAUAACUAAGCCUGAGCCGGUGAGAAGAUAAAACUCAGAAAUGAAAAUGGAGCGACAGUUGUGUAUCAGAAGUUGUCUCCUCCAGCUCCUGUUGAUGUAUACUGGUGGAGUGUUUCCAUUACACAUGUGCCACCUUGUUCACCACCACCCUCCAUCCCUGAAGUUGUCCAUCCUGCAUUUUUUUUUUUUUUUACUCAGAAUAUUUAAAUUGUCCCUUGAUAGAAAUAUCUCUGUGACAGAGCUGCUGUUUUUGACAGAAAUGGUCUCAUUGUUUGAGUUAAUCUCAAUGGGUUGAGCCAGACAAAAACAUCGACUUGCAAGGAAUAAAUGAUAAGAAAAUAUAUAUCAUACAUGUUAUUUUUGCAUUCAUGAUUUUGCAGGUCAGCAUGCUUUGCUCACUAUCGUAUCUGUAUUGAUAUAGGCCAACAUUUCUUCCCCACUCUUCUCUUUCUAUUAACUUUUGCAAAAGAUGAGAUUUGUUAUCCAGAAUAUUGUCUCUGUGUCUCCACCAAAGCGCUGUCUAACUCAACACAUGAGAUUUGUUCAUCUUGUGGAGCAGCGCUGCCAGAAAGGCUGCAGAACGGAUGUUGUGUUCAUGUCACGUGGAAAUGGAAGAAAGCAAUAAGAGCAAAGGAUUUCUGUUACAACUUGCAAUCAUUGAAAUGAUCAGACAGUUCAAGAUGGCAACGUUACUGAUCGUGAAAUUUGCACAUUGAAAUAAUAAUUAUUCAGCACUGAACCUUUUGGGCGUUAAACGAUUAAUACAUUAUAAUUGCCAGAUUAGCAGUGAAUUAGUCGCAGUGAUGGAGCCAUUCAGGUUUUCUUUUUGUAAUUAUUCUGUAACAUGCUGUGUCAAGUAUAUUGGAGCUUUCUGAAAAACUACAUUUUUUAAUUAUAUUUACAAAUACAGUGACAAAAAGCUCCCAGAAAUGAUGCUUUUAUUUUGUUAGAGAAAAAAACAAGCAAUGACAUAAUGCUCCUUUUUGCUGUAACUCCAUUAAGACGGUAGCUUGACCAUGUAACCGCAGGAAAUCUUUAUUCAAACAUGCUGUAACCUCAACUCUCUACACCAGAAACCUGCAAUGUGACCGACUGUAUGGACGCAAACAUAUCUCUACAUGCUACAUUCAUGCUAUUGUCGAAGCUCAUUUCCUUCCCUUUCUCGUUUUUGAAAGAUAGAAGCAAAAGAAAAUCAUGUGAUCCCACUGGGGAGCAAAGUAAAGCAUUAUUUUUACUCGCAGAAUGCUGAAGAUGGGUCCAGGUGGGACGUGGCUUAUGAUUUUCCUUCACUUUUUUUGCAAAGCCUGCUUUCAUUGUGUAUUUGCUACAGAAUCUUUGGUUCCUCAGAGAAACGAGUUUGUCUUCCACUUAGUGCCAACAGGAACACCAAUGAAAGUGCCAAUGUAACGAAGCGAAGGAGACGUAGCCUCUUGUUUAUCAGACACACUGAAGUGGACUCCAACAAAUAUUCUGGCAUGUGACAAUGUCUUUCUUUAUCUCUGGCUUCCUGUCGGCCCCUUGUCCAUACUCAGUUGAGUCCACUUCACGGGACAAACUUGAAUCUAGCUGCCAAUCAAAACAAGGUCUUCAGAAUAUUGUUCACAUUGUAACCAUGUCGAUGAUGCACUGUACAUUUUUAAUUUAGACACACUACUACAUAUUAUCACCUCAGAUGGUUUAUUUCGCUCUACGUUGUAUAUUUCUCUUGUCAAUUUAAUGAUUUGUGGUGAAAUUCAGAAGUGUGUGUGUGUGUGUGUGUGUGUGUGUGUGUUUGUGCGUGUGUGUGUGUGUGUGCCAUUUGUACAAACUACAAAUUGCUGAAAAAGAUGAAUAUUUUCUGAUCUGUUCAAAUGUGGAGAAAGGAGUUGUAGCCUUGUUAACUGAUGUAAUAAAUUGAUACUGUGUGAU